UUUCCCAUGUGACCUCUCUGUUGAUCUCUUCCUGUAGUUUAUCGUCCGUCUGUUUCUUCUUCGUUUGUUUAGCAUUUCUCCACAGCUGAUUUUCGGACCUGACCGAACAUGGAGAUUUCAUUUGCAGGCAAACGAGCUCUGGUCACAGGAGCAGGAAAAGGGAUCGGCAGGGCCACAGUUCUGGCUCUGGCACGCUGCGGGGCAAAGGUCACGGCGGUCACACGCACGCAGGCCGACCUGAACAGUCUGGUGCAGGAGUGUGCGUCUGUAACCCCGGUGUGUGUGGACCUGGCAGACUGGGGGGCCACGGAGGCGGCCCUGCAGGACGUCGGCCCCAUCGAUCUGCUGGUGAACAACGCUGCCUGUGCCGGCUUACAGCCAUUUCUGGAGGUCACACCUGACCAGUUUGACCAGUCGUUUAAUGUGAAUGUGAAAGCUGUGCUGCAGGUCUCUCAGAUAGUAGCUCGUGGUAUGAAAGCCAGAGGGUCCGGAGGCUCCAUCGUCAACGUGUCCAGUCAGGCCUCACAGUGCGCCCUCAGAGACCACUCUGUCUACUGUUCCACUAAAGGAGCUCUGGACAUGCUGACUAAAGUGAUGGCUCUGGAGCUCGGACCCUACCAGAUCCGUGUGAACACUGUGAACCCCACCGUGGUGAUGACCGAGAUGGGUCGUUUGGGCUGGAGUGACCCUGAAAAGUCCAAGACCAUGAUGUCCCGCAUCCCCCUGGGCCGCUUUGCAGAGGUGGAGGACGUGGUGAACAGUAUUUUAUUCCUGCUGAGUGAUAAGAGCAACAUGACUAAUGGAGUCUCUCUGCCGGUUGACGGCGGCUUCCUCUCCUGCUGACCCGCCUCGUCUCAGCACAUCAUCGUGUCUGCAGUGUGAAAAAAAAAAAAAGUACUUCCUGUCCUAUCACCUCACAUCAAUGUACACAUUUAUAUUCAUUAAACUUGACUUAACUGGAA